AUGGGAGCAGCACACAAAAAAUCAAUCGAGGGUCCACAGCUGAGGGCAAAGUGCUUAAUUGUAGGGCAGCUACAAGUCGGAAAGACUUCUCUAGUCCAAAGAUAUAACAAUGAAGAUUUCAGUAGUGAAUAUAAUCCAACUUUAGGCUGUAACCUUAAAUCUUUCACCAUUGACUAUUACGGCCUUGGAGUACAACUAUUAGUGAUGGAUUCCUUAUCUGAUAUGGAUCUCCAGCUUGAAUGCAGGCUAAAAUCAAUUAAAAACGCUGAUGCUAUUGCUUUAGUAUUUGAUCUCUCCAAUUCGACAACUUUUGAAGAUAUUCCUGCUAAGCUUGACUUAUUUAAGAAGAAUGAGUAUCGGAAAAAAGAAGUCCUUUUGAUAGGCACUAAAGCUGAUAAGGAAGUGCGAGAAGUCAGCGCUGAAGAGGUCAAUAAAGUUAUUGAGACGGAAAACGACUUGAAAAUCUUUUAUAUUGAAACUUCAGCAAAAAAUGAUCUAAAUGUGGCACCGGUAUUUAUAAAAGCAAUUGAAAUUGGAGUGGGAUAUCAAGCUUUGAAUUGGGAAAGAAGAAAAUAUUUCUUGUGGGUAGUUAAACAUAUGACUCCACCAGCAGCAGAAGAGGGAGGAGGUAUUCACUGGGCAAACCUAUGUGAAGCUAUUCCAAGUAUGAUUUCUAAAAGAAAUAGAAGAAAAGAAAUACCAUUGUAUCAAAUCCCAAUAGAAUUAAUCCCGAAAAUUGGAGAGUUUUUGUAA